UAUAUAUACGCAUCACCACCCAUCACCCACAUUCGAACUAUCAAGCCGGGGGUCACCAGAAACACGAACAGAGAGAAACAGAGAGAGACAGAGAGAGUUGAGAGAUGGAGAAGGAGACGAAGCAAUCGAAAUUCAAAAGGAUUUGUGUGUUUUGUGGGAGUAGCCAAGGCAAGAAGAGCAGUUACACCGAUGCCGCGUUAGAACUUGGAACAGAGCUGGUGUCGAGGAACAUCGAUCUGGUGUACGGUGGAGGGAGCAUCGGUCUGAUGGGCCUUGUUUCUAGAGCCGUCUACAAUGGCGGUCGACAUGUCAUUGGAGUGAUUCCCAAGACCCUCAUGCCUAGGGAGCUAACCGGAGAAACGGUGGGGGAAGUGAAGCCAGUGGCAAACAUGCACCAGAGGAAAGCAGAGAUGGCUAGACAUUCAGAUGCUUUCAUCGCCUUGCCCGGUGGGUACGGGACUCUUGAAGAGCUCCUGGAAGUGAUAACGUGGGCUCAACUUGGCAUCCACGACAAGCCCGUGGGAUUGCUGAACGUGGACGGGUACUACAACUCCUUGCUCUCGUUCAUAGACAAGGCAGUGGAGGAAGGCUUCAUCAGCCCGAGCGCUCGCCACAUCAUCGUCUCUUCUCCUUCGGCUAAGGACUUAGUCAAGAAGAUGGAGGAGUACUUUCCACGCCAUGAAGGGGUGGCUUCCAAGCUAAACUGGGAGAAUGAACAACUGGGACACACCCCAAAAUGCGACAUCUCCAGAUGAGAGAGACCUGGUCUCUCUCUCUCUCUCUCUCUGAAGGAAGAAGGAAGGAAGGAGGAGGAAGAAGAGGGGCUGUGGAAACGAACUUUUGAAAUUUCUGGAUUUUUAGGUCCCCACUUCCACUCAGAGAGGCAGAUCCUCUCUUCCUCUCUCGCAUGGAGGAAGAGAGGAUACAUCUGCCAGAGCUUCUUAUGUGGAAAAAACAAGGGAGGGAGGGAUUUGUAAAUUGUGAUUGUAUCGUCUUCAUCUUUGUUCUUCAUCCUCAUUCCUCCAUGUCUGCAACCUUGGAAUCAGUUGAAAGUUUCUUCUAC